CUAUACCAAAAGUACACGAUUGUUUUAGAAUGAACUUUAAUGCUAAAAAAUCGUUUAAUGCUGUAUAAAGUACGAUUCCUCCACUUUCAGACGAUAUUUGAAAUCAUAAAUCAUUCGUGGAAACAAAUUAAACAACAUUAAAAAACUGAGGUUAUAUCGCUUACAGACUCAAUUUAUGAAUAUAAUUUUAUUAGAUUUGUUAUGCUAUGAGGAAAACUUUGGAUUCUUUACGAUAAAUACACGAUAAUGACAUAACUGCAGAACUUGACAAUUUAAAAAUAAAAUAUAGAAAUAUUAAUAUAAGUGAAAGUGCCAACAAACUAUUAUAAUGUCGAAAGCAACAAGGGAAGUGGAAAGUGGUGAAAAAGUGAGAAGUGAAAAAGAAAAUGUGAACAGUAUGGGGACAGGUGUAUUGAUAAAGGGGGAAGAUGAAGAGGAAUGUAAGGGUACCAGCCUGCGGGAGAACCGGUUGAUCAGUAUCAUUGAUCAGCUGAGGUGCCAGAAUAAAAAUAAGGGAAACGCCAACCACGACAGCCUCCCUCUUACGGCGGGAAAUGGUGAAGGUGGAGGGGGGGCGGCGCGGCGGUUCGCGCGCGAUGCGGCGUCGCCGGCUCAAGCGCACGCGGCGGCGAUCCAACCCUCGCACACCGCCAUCAAGAACGAGCGACUCAGCCCACACGAGUCUUCAGCCUCCAGAUCUCGCAGUGUGACUCCCUCGACAUCAUCGUACCCUGGUACUCCGCCGGAGCGAGGCAGCCCACACGCACCGCCCGCCCCAGCGCCUCCGCCGCGGAACUACUCGGACAUCAUGCGAUCACUCGCCGCCAGAUACAACACACAUCCAGCCAAUGACUACUUCCAUCGUGUGAACGGGUUUGGUGUGGAGUCCAGACCACCGGCGCCCCAGGACACGAGCGACACGCCAGUUGGAGGACUGUUCGCGAAGCUGGCCAAGCAGCAGGGUGGUCCACCGCGGAUGCCGGCCUUCCCUGUCAUGAUAGACAUGACUUCCACUAAGGCUUUAUUAGCAGUGACCCGGGUGGGUCGUGGCGGGAGAUCUCGCCGCAAGCGCGUGGGCGCAGGCGCGGUGACAGAACAUUCUCCACUUGAUCUCUCCGCGGCCGGAGAGAGUGCUGCCAAAAGAGCGCGGCUCUCUGCCAGUCCUAGCACUCGAAGUGAUGGCGACGAAAGGGAUCGAGUAUCCAAUGAAGAUCGCAGUGAGACUCGAGAGUGCCUGUGCUCGGAUGCGCGCGCUCGUAUUUCCGCCUGGUCAGUCGACGACGUGUGCGACUUCGUCACCUCGAUCGACAUUUGCGCCGAGUACGCGACGAACUUCCGAGAGCAAAGAAUUGACGGCGCCGGAAUAUCACUUCUCACCGAAGACCACCUUACUGGCAUGCUGCAGAUGAAGCUGGGGCCAGCGCUGAAACUCAGAGCAGUCCUGGCAAGGAGACUCGAGCCUUGCGCGCAGUGCCAGGCCAGCACGCUCCUCGCAGCACCUCUUACUCCAAAUACACCCAAAAUCAAUGGAUCAGCUCUCAAACCAGAACCAAGAAGCAACACCACCAGUCCAAGCUAGUUCGCUUUUGUCUUCCAAAAAAGCGUUUCAACCGUUUAUUCGUUUCCCUAUUGGUUGCAUGGUAGAUAAAAUAUGACGGCACUUUAAAGGCCGAUUGCACCAAGUUAAUUUAAACGCCUUAACUAAAGCUUAAAUACGAUUAAGCUGUAAGGCGUACAGAGUUGAAUUGCAGCUUAGAAACCGGUUAUUAAACUCAUAUUUUAUGUAAAAUGUAACCAAUAGGCCGAUCUUAUCUAACGCUGCUUUAAUUAGAACAAUAAAUGUCAUCUAUAUAAAAAACUGGUCUUCGUUCAUGCCAGUGAAAGCCUUACCUUAAGCACUUGCUUAAGGUACUUACCUUAUAGUGUAUAGUCAUUUGGCUCCCGAAGUCUUCCUGUUCAUAGAUUUUUGCAUUUAAUGUCUACUUAACGUGCUAGGAUUAGUGUUUAGUGUUUAUAUGUAUAUAAUUGUGUUGCCGUCCAAAAUGAUUUCUGUAUUCGGUUAAUUUCCGUCACUAUAUAAUUUUGUGUUGUGUAGAUUAAGUAACCAACUUGUAAGACUAGAUUGUGAAAAGUUUUCGGUGCUACUGGCCUUCCUAGCGAUUAUUUAGCUAAGUUUGUGUACAUAGAUAGCCUUUGUAAAAACUUUUGAGGCUACCUACUAGACCCAGAGUCGUGGUAGAAGAGUGUAUAUAAUUUUUAAUGCUGUAGAGUAAUCAGAUGUAAUUAACAUCACAUUUUAAUAUUGUAUCAUUAUAUAGCAUUUAUUUUGAACCACACCUGAAUAAGGCUCAUUAACAUUAUGUUGUUUGUUAUACAUUUGUGUUUGAUUCAGAUAUACGGUUGAUAAUUUAACUAGUAUGGGCUACUAGUCCAUUUGAUACUCUUUACUUAAAAAAAUCAGUACAAAUCCUGAUACCUAAAAAGGUAACUUAAUCUUAAAAAUUCUUGAUCCUACAAAAUUAUAUUCAAAUGUAAAUGAAUCUUUGCGACUACUAUAAUGUAAUAAUGAAACUGAAACAUAUAGUCUCCAACCGUAUUUUGUCUCAAACAUUUUUUUUACUUGUAUAUAGAGCAUGUUCUUGAUUACUAUAGUAUCUGUAUAUACUUGUAAUUUAUACAAGCAAGAAUGCAUCGAAAGAGAAUUGUUGGUUGUAGUACAAAAUGUAUAUCAAUGCUUACUAUAGAUGUUUUAGAAUAGUACUAUAGAUAGGGUACUUUCUUAAAAAAACGUCUUGAAGUUUUGAAAGAAACUUGGGUUGUGACCAAAGAUGCUCUUUUCGAUGUUAAACAGUUAGUUAGUUAACAAACUGUGGUAAUCUCCGUAAUUGCCAAAAUAAUUAAACGAUACACAAUGUAAAAGUAGUACGUAAUAUUUUAAAACGGAUUUCGUUAUUAAUAUGUAUACACAAUAUUUUCUAUAAUUAUAUGUAACUAUUUAAAUCAUAGUAUAAUAGAGUAAUUUCAAAAUUUGGUGCUAAAUGCAACGUUGUGAUUAUAAGCCGGAACAAAAACUUUUGUGCCUUAAUACAGGUCUUCCGAAAAUGAAUUGAUUGUACCUAUAUUUGUAUUUGUACAGUUAUAGUAUUACGGUUCUGCGCUUUAAACGGACAAUAAUAAAAACGUAACUAUAUUGUUAAUAAUUAAUAAACAACGAAUUUUUAGAUGAUAGUUGUUGAAUAUUUUAUUUCUUGACAAUUUGACUGGUUGAUAUUUUAAAUGAAAAUAAUAUCGUUAAUACAUAAAGUAUGAGUAAUUCUUAUAAAAAAAAAAGAUUAAAUGCUUCAUACAAACUAUAUAGCACAUAAUUAAAUGAAGGUAUAUUAAUAAAAAUAAGAGAUAAUAAUGACAUACUCAUUUACUUAUUAUGUGUUAUAUAUUUUGUGUUGUAUCCAGCCUGCAUUUUACUUUAAGGAUUAAAAUUUUUUGAUUUUUUCAUGCAAUGGCAUGCUACGAGAAAUAAUUGAAUUUAAAAUGGCCUCAAAUUUUAAUACGUCCUUUUUUAUUGUCAAAGUAUAUAUUAUUAUAAAGUAUAAGUAGUUAAGAAUGAGUCUUAUGUUUCAAUAUUAUUCGCAGUCAAUUGUUUUUCUGUAAAACUAAUAAGUAAUUAUUAAUAUUUAGUUAAUUUGUACUUAGAUCUUAAUCGCUGAUUAAGUUCGGUCCACAUUAAGUAUAUAUGUGAAGGAGAAAAUAAAACAUGUCAUGAAAUUGUU